AUGACUUCAACAUUUCAAAUGCAACAACCCUUUUAUCGUCCAGCCUCUCUAACCGUGGAUACACAACACGCACAGAAGUACUUCGAAGACGAAGACAACAGUGUAUUAGACGACAACAUUCUUGAGCACAACGCUAUUGAUUCGGGCUUGGACCUAUCGCCCCCCAUGGCUGACAGUCGUCGAGAAUCUUUUGCUGUCGGCCCUCCUCUCUUCUCACCAAAACAAGAGGACUGGCAAUCCGUCGAAAUGCAGUCUGUCUCCUCCAACAACCCUUUCUUUGACCAGCAUAGCAACAACCCUUUUAUGCGCCCUGAUCACACUCAAAACAAUGGCUUCGCUGCUACUGCCAACUGGUUCGGAAACACCUCCGGCACUUGCACUCCUCUGAAUCCCUUCGAUGGUGUUCCUGCUGAAUAUGACGCCAACGCAUCUCUCUUCCACCGACCCAUGGCCGGUCCAACACCCUUCACAAACCCUGGGAACAUGUUCCCGUCACUUCCCGUCGGCUCCCAGUCUAUCCCCACAUCUCCCCAGAAAGAGUGGAUGACCCCUCAGCAGCCUAUUAACAAGAACAAAAUGCGCCCUAGUAGCCCCGGUCUCCGCUCUCACAACGAGAUGCGCCGCGGCGACGGUAUUCGGAAGAAGAAUGCUCGCUUUGAUAUUCCAGCAGAGCGAAACCUCAGCAACAUCGACCAUCUGAUUUCUCAGUCCACCGACGAACAAGAGAUUAAGGAGCUCAAGCAGCAGAAGCGAUUGCUCCGUAACCGACAAGCAGCUCUUGAUUCGAGACAACGCAAGAAGCAGCAUACUGAGCGUCUAGAGGAUGAGAAGAAGCAAUAUACCGCUCUCAUGACUGACAUGGAGGAAGAGCUGAAGAUGCUUCAUGCCAGGGUUGAACAACUGGCCCUCGAAAAGCAGGAAUGCAUUAAGUUCAUCGAGACCCAGAGGCUGGACAAAGAAGAGAUGAUCCGUGUUCACACCAAUGAGACUGGCGAACUGAGGAAGAAGAUCAGCGUUCUCACCGACCAUGUUCAGCGACUCGAUAGCGCCGUUCCCGCCACCAGAGACAACGGCUUUUCAAGCGGCUUCGAUGCCAUGGACGCCAUGGACGGUUUGGGCAUGCCUGGUGCAUGGGAUGCUUCGAAUUUCCUUCAUGAUUAUCCAGAGCCUGAAGUCAAGCAGGAGAUGGCUAUUGUUCCCACCAAGAAGAACGACAACCCCUUCGUCGAGAGCGAGAAGCCUGCCGCCCAGGGUGGCCUCCUCUUCAUGCUCUUCCUCGUUGGUGCCUUCGUCCUCUCGAGCCGCUCGACCCCUGCUAUUCCUCGCGUUUCUGAGGAUGUCAGGGCCGCCUCGGCCACUAUUCUCGACAAUGUUCUCAAGGACGCUGGUGUCAACUCUCAGUCGGCCAGUCUGCAAGCUGCCCCCCAACCAUCCGGCACUGCUAAUUGGGGCAAUGCUAUCUCCAUGAAUGACAUGGCGAUGGAUGGUGUUGCACCUUCGAUGCUUGGUGAGCUUGGUGACCAGCUGACUCAGCCGACUCAGGAGCAGACCAACGAGCAGAUCUUCUCUCUAUCAGCUGCUCAGUAUAAUGGUGUCAACUCCCAAGAUUUCCUCCAGAACGCUCCUGAGAGAUCAUCACCCAGUCAAGGUCGCCGGAAUCUAGCCGAAGCACUUGCGACGAUGCGAAUUCCAAACAAACAAAACGAUGCAGCCGAAGUGUACACGCGCUCCCUUCUGUGGGAUCAGAUUCCCAACGAUGUUGUACGAAACUUCGCGAAAAUGGUGUCAGAAUGCAACAACGCGCAAAAUGAGCAGCAAUGCAACGAAUUAAGGACAUGA